AACCCCGCGGUGAGGUCAAGUGGACGACUGGACUAUAAAAGAGGCAGAGAAAUUGCCCUCUGUCCUUGAGAGAGGUUUGAGCACUACAAAAAGAGAUAUAGCCUGGCUCUGGAAAGGCAUGGUUUGGCUGGAGCUGCAUCAGUUGACUGCCUCUAAUUGAAUAAGUGCUCUUUGUUCCCUUGCCGCCCAAGCUCAGAUCUGUCCCAAUGAUGUUGCAGCAACGCUGGAAGACUCUGAAUGAGCUGUUGGUUGUGCUGUUUGUGACCCUGGGUCUCUUGAUGCAGCUGGUGGAGAGUCAAGACCCACAGACACCUGAGGACUGCAUGUUCCCACUUAUCAUUUUCAAUCCAGAGACACUCAUGUGUGAGUGUUCAGACAUUGGGUGUGAGGACACUGGAAUGGUCUUAGACCCUGUCAACUGCUUCUGUGUGUGUCCCCCAUUCGAUCCUCCCUGUCUCCCUCCAAUGAUAGAAGACCCCGACCAGUGCAUAUGUCGCUGUCCUAACGCGUUCUGUAUUGGAGGACAAGUACAGAACCCAGAGACUUGUGUCUACCAGGGCAGAGACAGAACCCAGACUCCUGCGAAUGCGAAUGCAUACCCGAGGACUGCCGGGGAGGCGAAACGCAGAAUCCUGAUACCUUACCAGAAGAAGCACAAGAACAACUGGCACUUCUCGAUCAACAAGAAGGAAAACAAGAAGAAGAAAGACGGGGACAAGGAGAACAAGGAGUGCAGCAGAAACUCUGACACAACAUCUGCGAGAAAUCACUUGAUACAAUAG